ACAUUCCGUUCUUCUUUUAUUUACAGGUUCACAACCAUACCAUAAAUGCACCGGCAAAUUCGUAGAAAUUUCGAUUCAGAAAAAUGCUGCCUUUGUCCCUGUUGAGGACUGCUGUAAAUCACCCUAUGUUAGUGGAGUUAAAGAAUGGAGAAACAUACAAUGGACAUUUAGUCAGCUGUGAUAAUUGGAUGAAUAUAAAUCUCAGAGAAGUAAUUUGUACCUCAAGGGAUGGUGAUAGAUUUUGGAGAAUGCCAGAAUGUUAUAUAAGGGGAAGUACAAUUAAAUACCUCAGAAUACCUGACGAGGUCAUCGACAUGGUAAAGGAGGAGGUUAUACAAAAAUCUAAAGGUCGUGGUGAAGGAAGAGGUGGUGGUAGAGGAGGUCCACAAAGGGGACGAGGAGGAAGAGGUGCGUUUGGUAGUCGAGGUGGAGGCCGAGGAGGAGGGGGUGGAGGUGGAGGUGGAAGAGGAGGAGGACGAGGAGGAGGCAGAGGAAGAGGAGAUUCGUAGUGUCUAUCAUUGUGGUGUUGUACUGUAUGAAUCGUUAGUGUAUGUUUGAGCUGAUCAGUAAAACUGUAUGGAUCAUUGAUGUGUUACUUAGAUCUGAUCGAUUGACUGAAUGAAGGAGUAACUCAGUGUGGAUAUGACAGAUGCUUCUAUAAAACUUCACAUCAUUAAAUCUUAAUCAUGA